AUGUUUAAGAGAUUUCUUUCAACAAAAUCACCUAUUGACAUAAGCACUCUAUCUAAUGGAGUAAGAGUCGUUACAGACUCAACUGCAGGACAUUUUAGUGCUGUUGGUGCAUACAUAGAUGCUGGAUCCAGAUUUGAAGAUCCUCAAAAGGCAGGUAUCAGUCAUAUAGUUGACAGGCUCUCUUGGAGGUCAACAUCCAAAUUUUCAAGCACAGAAAUGAUGAAUAAUUUAAGUAAUUUGGGAGGAAAUUACAUGUGUUCUGCUCAAAGAGAAUCCAUGAUCUACCAAGCUUCAGUAUUCAAUCACGACGUUGAAAAAAUGUUCGAGUGCAUUGCAUCUACCAUCACAGAGCCAAGCUUCACAGAUCAAGAAUUUGAAGAAACUUUACAGGGAAUAGAAUUUGAAAUUGGGGAAAUGGUCCAUAAACCUGAUGUUAUGUUACCAGAACUUUUGCAUCAGGUGGCAUACAAGAAUACUUUAGGAUUGCCUUUGUUUUUACCUCAAGAAAGACUUCAGACUGUUCAAAAAUCAGAAGUCAUAGAUUACCAUAAAAAAUUUUAUCAACCACAAAAUACUGUGAUAUCAAUGAUAGGUGUUGACCAUGACAAAGCUGUCAGUAUGACUGAAAAAUUGUUCGGCCAUUUGAAAAACUCAGCAGGAAAGAUUGCCCACGAAAAACCUUUGUACAAAGGGGGAGAAAUAUCAAUUCCUUUUCAACCACCUUUAUUCUCAAAUUUACCUGAACUUUACCAUAUUCAAAUUGCCUAUGAAACUGCCGGUCUUUUGACUGACGAGCUCUACAUCUUGGCUGUUUUACAAAAAUUAUUAGGGGGAGGAUCCUCAUUCAGUGCAGGAGGCCCUGGGAAGGGAAUGUUUUCCAGAUUAUAUACAAGAGUACUUAAUCAAUAUGGUUUCAUCGAGAACUGUACAAGUUUCAACCAUCAAUAUGUUGGGUCAGGAUUGUUUGGAAUAAAUGUCUCUGCUACCCCUCAGGCUGCACAAGCAAUGCCUCAAGUUAUCGCUUUCGAAUUCUCCAGUAUGUUGGAAUCGAAUGCUAUCACCCAAUCUGAAUUUGACAGGGCAAAGAAUCAGUUGAUUUCAUCACUUUUGUAUAAUGUAGAGAGUAAAUUAGCAUCAUUAGAAGAUCUCGGAAGACAAGUUCAAUGCCAAAAUAAGUUGAUUUCAAUCAAUGAAAUGAUUGAAAAGAUUAAUGCUGUUCAGAUAAAAGAUUUAGUGGAAGUGGUUAGAAAAUUAGUCAACUCAACUCCUUCAAUAGUAAUGCAAGGUGACAGAGAAAGUUUUGGAGAUUUGAAUUAUGUUUUCAACCAUUUCGGUUUGAAAAGUUACUAA